AUGUGGUGGCGCCAUCACCAGAAAGCUACAGGAGUGGGUGGGCUUCUGUGUUCAUCGGACCACCACCACCACAUGGAAACGCCGGUCCAUCACCAGAUCCUUAGAGCGUGGCCAGAGGAGCAGAUGGACAGGGUCACCCACGGCCUCUUCACACCCCGCCCUGACUUCCAGAGUUUCAGGUCAAAGCAGAGGCCAGAGCUCACAAGUGAAAGCCUCCCCUUCAAGUCUCUCCAUUCUGAGACAACGUAA